AUGUUUAUUUCCACUGUCCUUAUCGCCUCUUCGGCUUUUCUAAGCACGGUCGCUGCCUACGCCAAUCCUGGUGCUUGUUCUGGUGCGUGCUGGACCCACGAUCCUUCCGUCAUUCGCCGUAGCGAUGGCACAUACUUUCGUUUCAGUACCGGCAGCAAGAUCGGCGUCUACACUGCUUCGUCUCUGUCCGGUCCGUGGACCUCGAAAGGAUCCGCCGUCUCCUCGGGCUCUUCCAUCAACUUGACCGGCAAAGACGAUCUCUGGGCCCCCGAUGUAGUGCUGGUCAAUGGUGUAUACCAUCUCUAUUACUCCGUCUCGUCCUUCGGUUCUCAGAACAGUGCGAUCGGAUAUGCCACCUCUACCACCAUGGAUGUCGGAAGCUGGACUGAUCACGGAGCGACCGGUGUUACAUCCUCUGCGGGCAAGAACUACAACGCCAUCGAUUCGCAAGUGUUGCUCGCUGCGGACGGCAACUACUACCUGAGCUUUGGAUCCUUCUGGGGUGACAUCUUCCAGGUCAAGAUGAACUCUGGUGCCACCAAGAGCGGUGGAUCUGCCGCCUAUCAGGUCUCGUACACGUCAAGCGGCACUUCCGCUCGUGAGGGUGCUUUCAUGUACUACCGCAGUGGUUAUUACUACCUCUUCUGGAGUGAAGGACAGUGCUGCGGACUUGAUUCUUCUAAGCCCGCAUCUGGUAAAGAGUACAAGAUCAUGGUCUGUCGUUCAACCAGCCCCACUGGAGGCUUCGUUGACAAAACUGGCAAAUCCUGCACUGCCAAUGGCGGUUCUACCGUACUCGAGAGUCAUGGUACUGUCUAUGCUCCUGGUGGACAGGGCGUUUUUGCUGAUCCUAAACUUGGCGCUGUCCUCUACUAUCACUACGUUGACACCAGUGUUGGAUAUGCUGAUGGUGAUAAGAAGUUUGGCUGGAACCAAAUCUCUUGGUCUACAGGUUGGCCAGUUGUGUAA